AUGAAGGAUAUCUACAAAGACGAAGAGCUUACCGUACCUGAAGGAGUGACGGUGUCUAUUAAAUCUCGCAAUAUAAAAGUCACCGGACCACGUGGCACCUUGACAAAAAAUCUUCGUCAUAUCGAUUUGGAGAUAGAAAAAAAAAAAAAUCUGAUUAAACUUAUCGUAUGGCAUGGAACUCGUAAACAUGUUGCCUGUUUACGUACUGUCAAAGCUCACAUUCAAAAUAUGAUUACUGGAGUUACUAAGGGAUUUGAAUAUAAGAUGAGAUAUGUUUACGCUCAUUUUCCAAUCAAUGUUCACAUUGAAGAUGAUGGGAGGUCGGUAGAAAUCCGUAACUUCUUGGGAGAAAAGGUUAUAAGACGUGUCAAAAUGUUGGAUGGUGUUAAAAUUCAAAUUUCUACCGGUCAAAAAGACGAGUUGAUUUUAACUGGAAAUGAUUUGGAAAAUGUAUCUCAAUCAGCUGCAAAUAUUCAACAAUCAACUACUGUUAAAAAUAAGGAUAUCCGUAAGUUCUUGGAUGGUAUUUAUGUUAGCGAACGCG